AUGCCACGUAAGCAUCUCUGCUCCUGCGUCUCUUCUCCACCAGGUGCGCAGUCGCUCCUGUACUGCAGCGAGACCACCGUGCCUGGGACCUUCCUGGAAGAAAGCCACAGCUGCACGUGUCCCUCCGACCAGCCCUCCUGCCAGGGGACCAUACCGUGUGCCUUGGGCGAGGGGCCAGCCUGCGCCAGCUGCGCCGAGGACAACAGCACCCGCUGCGGGACCUGCAACCACGGCUACGUGCUCACCCAGGGCUUCUGCCGCCCGGAGGUGGCCGACUCGCUGGAGCACUACCUGGGGUUGGAGACGGACCUGCAGGACUUGGAGCUCAAGUAUCUCCUGCAGAAACGGGACAGCCGCAUCGAGGUGCACUCCAUCUUCAUCAGCAACGACAUGCGCCUUGGGAGCUGGUUCGACCCCUCCUGGAGGAAACGCAUGCUCUUGACUCUGAAGAGCAACAAGUACAAGCCUGGGCUGGUUCACGUGAUGUUGGCCCUCUCCCUGCAGAUCUGCCUCACCAAGAACAGCACGCUGGAGCCCGUCAUGGCCAUCUACGUCAACCCCUUCGGGGGAAGCCACUCAGAGAGCUGGUUCAUGCCCGUCAACGAGGGCAGCUUUCCAGACUGGGAAAGGACUAACGUAGAUGCCUCUGCCCAGUGCCAAAACUGGACGCUCACCUUGGGCAACAAGUGGAAGACCUUCUUUGAAACGGUCCAUGUCUACUUGCGGAGCCGCAUCAAGUCUCUGGACGACAGCUCCAACGAGACGAUCUACUACGAACCUUUGGAGAUGGCAGAUCCCUCUAAGAACCUGGGUUACAUGAAAAUCAACAGCUUGCAAGUCUUCGGCUACAGCCUGCCCUUUGAACCAGACGCUAUUCGUGACCUGAUCCUUCAGCUGGACUACCCCUAUACACAGGGCUCCCAGGACUCAGCCGUGCUCCAGCUGUUGGAGAUCAGGGACCGGGUGAACAGGUUGUCACCCCCUGGCAAAACCCGCCUUGACCUCUUCACUUGCUUGCUCCGCCACAGGCUCAAGUUGGCCAACAACGAGGUGGCGAGGAUCCAGUCCUCCUUGAGGGCCUUCAAUGCCAAGCUGCCCAACGCGGUCGAGCAGGAGACGGGCAAACUGUGCAGCUAACGGCUGGGGCUGCUCAGAUCUUGGAGCCAGGAGAAAGGA